AUGGAAUCUGACUUGAGUUGGAUGGUUCCCAUUGAAGUGAUGCUAGGUUCCCUCAAUCAUGGAGAAGUUCAGGCAUGCAGCAUUUCUAGUGUUCCAGAUGAGAUUCGAGACCCAAAUGACGAUGCUUACAAGCCAAAGCUUGUUUCCAUAGGACCCUUACACAGAGGAACCACAAGGCACUUGCAAUUAAUGGAAGAGCCCAAAUGGCAUUACAUGCGCGAGUUUCUUGACAGAAAAGGAAGCCAAGAACAAACCAGAAGAUCAGAGUUAAGGUUAAGAGAUUGUGGCAUGGAAAUUCUGAAAAUGGAUAAAGUAAUUCGUGCAAGCUAUGGAGGUAACAUCGAAUUGGAACCUCACGAGUUCGCUAAAAUAAUGAUAGUCGAUGGUUGCUUCUUGUUGGAGCUUCUCAUUAGGCUUGGAAGUUACAUGGAGAACAAGACAAAUAGUACUUAUUCUGAAGACCCUAUACUUGAAACUGAGGAGAAGGUUUUCUCUGUUCUCAAUGAUAUCACAAUGCUUGAGAACCAAAUACCCUUUAUUGUUCUCAAGAAGUUAUAUAGGAAAGUCUUCCCCAAUGGCACUGAAAUCAAAGAUGAUCACAGGGUUGCUGAUAUUGUAAGGAAAGCUUUCGGGUACCCUUUGAUGAAUAGUUCAGGAGGGGCUCAUAUACUUCACUUGAUGCACUUGUCCACUAUUGAACAGAACCAGCAUGGGAGUAAAGAAGUGAAGAAAGCUUCUAAAGAACUAGUGCGUUGUGCUGCAAGGUUAAAAGCUACAGGAAUAAUGAUUCAACCUGGAAACAAUAGCUCCAAUCUUGAUAAUAAGUUGGUUGAUGUGUUCAACUUUGACAUCAAUUUCAAUGGCAAGGUGUUGGAAAUCCCGGUGCUGCAUAUUAAGGAAACAACGGAAGUUAAGUGGAGGAAUUUGAUUGCUUGGGAGCAGAGUAGAAUAUGGAUAAGAUGUAAAUACACUUCGUAUGCUCUGUUCUUUCAAGGUUUGAUUUGUUGUAAGCAUGAUAUUGAGUUGCUUGAGGAGAAUGGAGUUAUAGUGAAUGAGUCCAAGAAGAGCAAGGAAGAUUUGCUUACACUAUUUCGCACAAUCUGUGAAGGAGUUGAGCACAUGGAUUCAAGUUAUAGUGAACUUUGUGUGAGCUUGAACGAAUACAAGAGAGCAAAACCGUGGAGAAAAUGGCCUAUAGUCACUUGGCAUCUGUGCAGGGUUAUCUUCGAAAUUGUUGUUUACUAUUGGAAAAACUGGUUCACUAUUUUGAUACGUGAUCAUGUCCCUACAGUGUGGAAACUCAUUGGAGUGUUGGCAGCUAUAGUGUUGCUAGCUCUCACUAUUGCUCAGACAUAUUACUCAGCCCACAGUAGUCACUAG